AUGGCCAUGAACAUUGAGAGUAUCGAGAGAGGGUUAACCCGACAGAACAAUCAUAACAAAGAAUGUGCUGGUUCUUCAGACAUCAUAUCUCCAAGUGUAGUGAAACUGGUGCUACUCUUGGUAAGCUGUACGUGUGGUUUCGUAGGGAUGAUAGGAGGUCCAUUGCUGCUUAGACUCUAUUUCUUACAUGGAGGCAGUGGGAAAUGGUUAUCAAGUUGGGCGCAAAUGACUGGGUUUCCAAUAUUAUUCAUCCCACUCGUAAUCCUUUAUUCCCGACGAGAUCGAAGUACCGAGUUCUUCGCUUCUAAGAAGCUCUCACUUCAUGCUGCUCUAACAGGACUAGUUCAAGGGAUAGGCAAUUUCAUGUUUUGUUUUGGGUUGUCUUUCCUUCCGGCAUCAACAGUGUCUCUCCUUGUUACAACUCAGCUCAUAUUCACCUCCUUCAUUUCAUUAAUAUGGGUUAAACAGAAGUUUACUCCGUAUUCGUUAAAUGCGAUUGUACUAAUAAUAAUGGGUUCUAUACUGAUUGCUUUAAGCAGAUCCAGUGAUCGUCCUCCUGGAGUUACAAAUUCUCAGUACGUGUUUGGUUUCUCUACAAGUAUAGCUUCCGCUGCAAUAUUCGGCUUUGUCAUAGUGAGCACCCAAGUUGCCUAUGCUAGGGCCAAACAAGCCAUGACUUAUUCUAUUGUGCUGCAGUUUCAAGUUUGUGUGGCCUUCUUUGCUACAUUAACUUGCGCACUUGGAAGCCUGAUAAAUCAGGAUUUCACGGCAAUGCAUAAAGAAGCAAGAGAGUUUGGAUUAGGAGCAAAAAUGUAUUACUUGGUGUUGGUUUCAAAUAUGGUUGUUUGGCAGAUGAUGUUUAUCGGGAGAGCAGGGAUUAUAUUUUGUACCUCCUCUCUCUUUGCUGGAGUCAUGAGUGCAAUUUUUUCUACUCUUUCGCAGAUUGCAGCUGUGAUAGCUUUCCAUGAGAACUUCACUGGAGAAAAAGGGAUGGCUUUGGCUCUAACACUAUGGGGAUUCACUUCUUACUUUUACGGUUCCUACAAGAAGACCAAGAAACCAAAGCCAGUAACCUUGUGA